AUGGUCGCUCAAAUCGCUGGUUCUAAGGUCCUCCUCCUGGGUUCGGGCUUCGUCACCAAGCCUACUGUCGAUGUUCUCGACAAGGCUGGCGUUCAGGUCACAGUCGCCUGCCGUACUCUCGAGAGUGCCCAGAAGCUUGCCGCUGGCUUCAAGCACACCAAGGCUAUUGCCCUUGAUGUCUCUGACGCUGCUGCUCUCGACAAGGCUAACAGCGAGCACGACCUUGUCAUCUCUUUGAUUCCCUACACCUUCCACGCCCUCGUUAUCAAGUCGGCUAUCCGUACUAAGAAGCAUGUCGUCACCACCUCAUACGUCUCCCCCGCCAUGGAGGAGCUUGAUGCUGAGGCCAAGGCUGCUGGCAUCACUGUCAUGAACGAGAUUGGUCUGGACCCCGGUAUUGACCACCUUUACGCUGUUAAGGCUAUUGCCGAUGCCCACGCUGCCGGCGCCAAGGUCACUAGCUUUAUCUCCUUCUGCGGUGGUCUUCCUGCCCCCGAGGCCAGUGGAAACCCCCUCGGAUACAAGUUCUCGUGGUCCAGCAGGGGUGUCCUGUUGGCUCUGCGCAACGCUGCUCGCAUUUACCGCGAGGGCAAGAUUGUUGACAUCGAUGGCCCUGAUCUCAUGGCCAACGCUAAGCCCUACUACAUUCUCCCCGGUUUCGCCUUCGUCGGGUACCCCAACCGUGACUCUACUCCCUUCCGCGAGCGCUACGGAAUCCCCGAGGCUCAGACCGUUAUCCGCGGUACUCUGCGCUAUCAGGGCUUCCCUGAGUUCGUCAAGGUCCUUGUUGACGUUGGUUUCCUGAAGGACGAGGCCAACCCCGUAUUUGAGAGCGCCAUCCCCUGGAAGGAGGCUACCCGCCAGCUUUUGGGUGCCACCUCUUCCUCCGAGAAGGACCUCGCCUGGGCCAUCCAGUCCAAGACCGCUUUCCCCAACAACGAGGAGCGUGACCGUAUCAUCAACGGUUUCCGCUGGAUUGGUCUGUUCUCUGAUGAGCCCACCACUCCCCGUGGUAACGCUCUCGACACCCUCUGCGCUGUCCUCGAGAAGAAGAUGCAGUACGAGGAGGGCGAGCGUGACAUGGUCAUGCUGCAGCACAAGUUCGAGAUUGAGAACGCUGAUGGUUCCAAGGAGACCCGCACUUCCACCCUGUGCGAGUACGGUAACCCUGCCGGUUACUCUGCCAUGGCUAAGACCGUCGGUGUCCCUUGCGGUGUUGCCGUGAAGCAGGUCCUUAACGGCACCAUCACCAAGAAGGGUGUUCUCGCUCCCAUGACCAUGGACAUCUGUGGCCCCCUCAUCAAGGAGCUUAAGGAGGAGUACGGUAUCGAGCUCGAGGAGCGCACUCUUUAA